GAAGACAGGUAUUCCCAAAUAUGGAGCAGGGGGAGGCGUGGCCCCUCGACAGCAGGAGCCAGUUUCCCAUGAAGAGGGUGUGACUUUCAUUGGGAGCGAAGUGCGCAGGAAUCUGCUGUGCUGCUGUCAGGGCCGCUCCGCUAUCUUCUUCCUCCUCACGCUCUCCGUCUGCAUUCCGGUGGUGCUCUUUCCACUGUGGCGCCGUCGAGCCCUACUUUCCAUAGAAGAAGAGGUUGACUAGGAAGAAACGGAAGUGACGACUUGCGAGAUUUCCGCUUGGUUCGAAGAUGUCAGAGAAGGAGCUGGGUCGUAAGUGGGACCGAUGUUUGGCUGACACCGCUGUCAAACUUGGGGCCGGCCUGGGUCUGGGCAUCGUCUUCUCAGUCGUCUUCUUCAAGCGUCGCACGUGGCCCAUCUCCUUUGGCCUGGGCUAUGGGCUGGGCAUGGCCUACUCCAACUGUCAGCAUGACUUCAGGUCGCCAUACCUAUUGCAUGGACACGUAGUCAAGGAGCAGUAGUGGGGGCCCAGUAAGGACCGGUGUCCUCCUCAGGUCUACCUCCACCCUUCGUCUGCGAGUCAUCUUUCCCUGGCACGUCUCACUGGGACACACCCUGUUUAUUAAAUAAAGCUGUCAUCUGUAUGAAG